AUGAACGACACCUUGAGAACGGCUGCCGAGGCGUUCGACCCCAGUCGGGCAACGGAGAGCAACCCCGCGCGGGCAGCGGAAAGCAACACCACGCGGAUCUUGGCCGUUGUCACGACAUUCCACGUCGUGGCACUUUUCUUCGUCGGCCUGCGGGUGUAUGCCAGAGUUUUGGUCGUGAAGGCGCGGGGAUGGGAUGAUCUCAUGAUGGUUUUCUCUGCACUCUUUGCUCUGGGAGGUUGGAUCAUCUUCGUCAUCCAGGCAAAUCACGGCCUUGGAAAGCACUACAAUACGAUUGCAGAACAGGAUUACAUGAUGUUCCAGAAAGUUGGGUUCUGGCAGUCGAUCGUCUCUGCCGGCCUCGCCUUCAUGUGGCUCAAGCUCUCCAUUGCCCUCAACCUCUUGCGGCUGAGUGAGAACAUGACACAGAGAAAAUGGUACAAAUGGACUUUGUGGAUAAUGAUUGGCGUAACUUGCGUCUAUUGCGUCGGCGGCACGCUUCCUUUCUUCCUCAUGUGUCGCCCUAUGGAGGGUUACUGGGACAAGACCAUCAAACCGACGCCUACGUGCAUGAAUAUCAAGACGUUCAUCGUUUUCGGCGUAGUCAACACCGCAUUCAAUAUAGGUACCGAUAUCAUCUUCGCUACACUGCCUGUACCAAUUGUAUGGAGCCUCCAGAUGAAGCGGAAAGCUCGGCUGUACGUCAUCGGCAUCUUAAGCCUGGGCUACAUCGCCGUCAUCAUGGGCAUUAUCAAAUCAAAAUACCAGCUCGCGUUGGAGGUGGACAAGGACAAGACCUUCAAUCAAAACAUACAAGUCUUGGGUUUUGUACAAUUACAACUCGGCAUCAUCGCGGCGUGUGCACCGGCCUUGAAGCCGUUUGUCAGCAAAAUCCUCCAUUUGUCUUCGCGCGGUGACAGUACGAACCGUGAGUAUGGCAUGCGAUCGUUCCAGAGACAACCAAGUAGCAGCCGCGGAGAUACAGCAUGGUACGGGCGUAGUGCAGUUCCCAGCCCGGAGUCAAUUCCGCGGAACAAAAUCACCAAGAAAACGGAGAUUACCGUCACUAGAGACAGUGAAGGAUAA